GUGAUGGAGAGGCUGAACAAGCUGUACAUGCAGAACUGUUACAUCAUCCAAGAGAAUGAGAAACUGAGGAAGAAGGCGCAGCUGCUGAACCAGGAGAAUCAGCAGCUGCGGUCUGAGCUGAAUCAGAAGCUGUCUUCUAAGGGAAAACAAAAGGGGAAUGCCGCCUCAACCUCUCUUCCUGACCUCAACCUCAAUCUCAGCACCUCUGCUCAGAACGCUUCCAGCUCCACCAACUCCUGAGCUCUGCUAAUCAAUUAAACAUGAAUGAAGUGUUUGAUCCAUGACCCCAUGUACCAAGAGUCCCCAUGCCCUUUUGUGUAAAACCAUGGAGUCAAGUCAACAGUAGUUAGUAGUUUGCCAGUUGGCCAAGUUUCAGUUCAUAAAGAGGACACUAGGUAGUAUCUUUUCUCUUUUGGCAAUAGGGUACUUUGUUAUAUUCCAUCAGAUCACAAUUAUAUAUCUAUCUCUUAGCCUAUCUUCUACAUAUCUUGAGGGGGUUAAUCAAUUAAUUAGUUCCUGCAAUUAUGUCAUGAGGUUAUCAAAAUAUCAUAUUUUGUAGCGUUAUGUUUUCUGUUAUGAA